AUGUCCUACGCAUUUGGUACCCUCUUUGACAUUGAAGACCCCAGGCGUAUCACCACACCUCCCGUCUCGCGCAAAAAGCCACCCUCCGUACGCAAUCCCCCUGCCAACCAAGAGCUCGAUGACCUCAUCUGGAGCGAACCCCUCGCAGGCUCGCAAGAGGAGCCAUCCGUUCCCAAGAGCGGCACCGGAGAUGCCGUCUCCAGCAUCCCGCCCAGCAGCUACAGCCGUACGCAGACGUCCAUGGCGCCGAACGAGCUGGAGCCCGCCAUCCAAACCUUUUGGGACCCGCCCAUGAACAAAUGGCGCGUCCUCUGCGCCUGCCUCGUGUACUUCGGCAACGGCCUGUCCGACUCGGCCCCGGGGGCGCUGAUCCCGUACAUGGAGGACUUCUACCGGGUCGGCUACGGCGUCGUGUCGCUCGUCUUCGUGGCCAACGCGGCCGGGUUCGUGGCGGCGGCCUUCUGCACCGACGGGCUGCUGCUCGCGCGCCUGGGCCGGGCGCGCACGCUCGUCGUGUCGGAGCUGGUCAUGCUGGCGGGCUACGCCGUCGUCGUGAGCACGCCGCGCCGCUUCCCCGGCGUCGUCGCCGCCUUCUUCCUGCUCGGCUUCGGCUGCGCCAUCAACCUGGCCCUCAACAACGUCUUCUGCUCCCGCCUCGCCCGCUCCACCUUCAUCCUCGGCCUCGCCCACGGCAGCUACGGCCUCGGCGGCACCGUCGGCCCCGUCGUCGCCACCGCCCUGGCCGCCUCGGGCGUGCUGUGGAGCAGGUUCUACUUCCUGUCCGUCGGCGUGCGCGUCGCCUGCGUCGCCUUCAAUGCUUGGGCGUUCUGGAAUUACGAGAAGGAGAAUGGCGAGGAUGGCGCUGCGGAGUCUAUCUUGCUGAUGGAGCUGGGCCGGACGGCGAGCGCGUGUACUGCUGUAGCUGCUGGGGCUGGGACUGGGACUGGGACUGGGACUGGGGUCGCUGUUGUGGACGGAGAGCAAGAGGAUACGCGGAGCGGACGGCAGCAGCAACACCAGACGACGACGACGACGACGACGACGACGACGACGACGACGAAGCGGGCGUUGCUGAAGCAGGCUUUACGAAACCGCGUCACAAUCGUGGGCGCACUGUUCAUCUUCAUGUACCAGGGCGCCGAGGUCGCCAUCGCAGGUUGGGUCAUUUCCUUCCUGAUCGAUUACCGCGGCGGUAGCCCGGCACAGGUCGGGUACGUGACGGCCGGCUUCUUCGGCGGCAUAACCCUCGGCCGCUUCGCCCUCGCCCCUUUCUGCCACCACCGGCGCAUCGGGGGCGAGCGCCUCGCAGUCGUCGGCCUCACCCUCGGCGCCCUCGCCCUCGACCUGCUCGUCUGGCUCGUCCCCGACCUGCUCUCCGACACCAUCUUCGUCGCCCUCUGCGGCCUGCUGCUCGGCCCCGUCUACCCCUGCGCCCAGACCGUCUUCGCCCGCCUGCUCGUCGACCGCCGCGACAUCGUGACGGCCAGCGUCGGCUUCAUCGCCGGCGCCGGCAGCAGCGGCGGCGCCGCCGUGCCCUUCGCCACGGGUGCCCUCGCCCAGCUGAGCGGGAGCGGGACCUGGGUCCUGCAUCCCAUCUGCGUGGCCGCCUUUGCGGGCAUGGUGGGGUGUUGGUGGGCGUUGCCGGCCGGGAAGGUGAAGAGGUCGAGGGAGUGA